AACAUCAAGAUACCCCAACCAACCAACCAACCACCAUUUUCAUUCUCCAUAUUGCUUUCCACCAAGGAAACGGAUCGAAACUCUGAGGCACAAAAACUGCACUUCAAUCAAUCCUUUUGACUUGUACAUCAAGUUACAUAUCAUUAACAACAUAUCCAACUUGCCUGCCUCAGAGUUUCCGUUUCCCUUUUUUCAUUUAAUGUUCUUCGUCCGUUUUUCCGUUUUGCAUUUUACAGCUUAACUCUUCAUUACACCACGCUGCAUUCUUCAACAUCCUCCUCCUCUAGCCUCUGCAUACAUUUCAUCCCUUCCUUUAUUCCUAAACCUUCAUUCAUCACAAUCCACCACACACCAGGUUUUUGCAUUGAUUUCAAUUUUCAACAAUUCAAGGUGCCUCCUUCUGUUGCAUAAGCCGGAAUGGAACAGCUCCGGCAUAUUGGUGAGGUUCUUGGAAGCCUGAAGGCGCUCAUGGUGUUGCGCGACGAGAUUCAGAUCAACCAGCGGCAAUGCUGUUUGAUCCUUGACAUCUUCAGCUUGGCGUUUGAUACCAUCGCCGAUGAGAUCAGGCAGAAUCUGAAGCUGGAAGAGAGGAACACCAAAUGGAAGCCUCUUGAAUUUCCUCUCAGGGAGCUUUGUAGGGUUUUCAAGGAGGGGGAGCUUUACAUUAGGCAUUGUUUGGAUUCCAAGGAUUGGUGGGGGAAGGCGAUUACCCUGUCUCAGAAUAGGGAUUGUAUUGAAUUUCAUGUUCAUAACUUGCUUUGUUAUUUCCCGGCGGUGGUCGAGGCGGUGGAGAGUGCAGGGGAGGUUUCAGGGCUUGAUCAGGAUGAGAAGGGUAAGAAGAAGGUUAUGUUGGACAGGAAGUAUGACAUGGAGUGGAAUGAUCCAAAACUCUUUCAAUGGAGAUUUGGGAAGCAGUAUUUGGUUCCUAGGGAGAUUUGCAAGAGGUUGGAGAAUGCUUGGAUGGAAGAUAGGUGGAGGCUUAUAGAAGCAUUGAAGGAGAAGAGGGGUUCUUCUAGCAAAGUCACUGGUUCAAAUGGAAAGCAUGAGCACCACCUUGCUGGUUUAUUGCUCAAGAAACUUCUGAAUGGAUCAGAUAAGACAACAAGCAAGGAGCUCUGGCCAAUUCAAGUGUUGUUAGGAGGUAAGGAUUACCAGGUGAGAAGGAGAUUGGGAAAGGGAAAGGAGUUCAAGGAGAUUCAGUGGCUUGGACAGAGCUUUGCUUUGAGGCACUUCAAUGGGGAGAAACAAACUCAUGAGGCUGAGAUUUCCACUCUGCUAUCACUUUCUCACCCCAACAUAUUGCAAUACCUCUGUGGGUUUUAUGAUGAAGAGAAGAGAGAAUUUUCCCUUGUCAUGGAGUUGAUGAACAAGGACUUAUAUACCUACAUGAAGGAGAAUUGUGGUCCCAGGAGACAGAUUUUGUUCUCCAUACCUGUUGUGGUGGAUCUCAUGCUUCAAAUGGCAAGAGGGAUGGAGUAUCUUCACUCCAAAAAGAUUUUCCAUGGAGACCUUAACCCUUGUAACAUUCUCCUCAGAGCUAGAAACUCUCAAGAAGGUUAUUUCCAAGCAAAAGUUGCAGGGUUUGGCCUUUCUUCUCUGAGGAGUGGUGACAAUAACCCCAGAAACUCACCACCACAGACUACUCCCAUUCAGAAUGAGGAGCUCUACCGUUCCAUUUGGUAUGCCCCUGAAGUUCUCACUGAGAUAGAACAAACAGGAAAUAAUGCAUCCACCUCUCCCAGUUCCAGAUACUCAGAGAAAGCAGAUGCAUACAGCUUUGGCAUGAUUUGCUUUGAGUUGCUGACAGGGAAAGUUCCCUUUGAUGAUAACCACCUUCAAGGAGAGAGGAAGAAUCAGAAUAUCAAAGCUGGGGAGAGACCUUUGUUUCCCUACCGUUCCCCAAAAUACCUUGUGAGCUUGAUCAAAAAAUGCUGGCAAACUGAUCCUGCUCAGCGUCCAAGUUUCUCUUCUAUCUGCAGGAUCUUGCGCUACACCAAGAAGUUCCUUUCCAUGAACCCAGAGUACCAUGUUAUCAAUCCUGAACUCAAUCAGCUUGAGCUGCAGUCUCCACCUGUUGAUUGUUGUGACAUAGAAGCAAUUUUCAUCAAGAACUUCCCAAUGGAAAGGGUGUCUAAUCUGUCUGCAGUGUCCCAGAUACCAUAUGAAAUGUUUGCUUAUAAAGUUGCUGAGAAAGGGAAGAUCAAUCACAGCAUUAGUACCAAAGAUAAGUGUUCUGAGCCAGCAAAGAAUGAACCCUUGUUGAGUGCAGAAGAAAAUGAUGACCAAAACACGGUCAGUACGGAUGAUAAUGCAUCCCUAAGUGAAGAUCCACUGCCACAAGUAACCAAUCCAAGUUCAAUUUGUGGUGAUACACAGCCUGUUUGUUCAGAAGCCCCACCGAGGAAAAGUGUUACAAUAAAGAAACCAACGCAACUGAAGGUCAAGAAAGACCAAGGAACAUCAAAAUUGCGAGUAACAAAAUCAUUGCCACAUUCUUUAUCUGGUCGUUUAAAGGUGAAUAGGGCGAACCAGUAUUUAAUGGCAUCAAGCCCUCUGAGCCCGGGUAAAAGAAGACCUACCAAUGUCACUGAAUCGGAGCGCAUUUCCACUUUCAACAAAUUGACUCUAUCAGCAUCAAUGAGGAGAAAAAGACCUGAUGGCCUUGUCAUCGAUUCCAAGUCCAGUUUAAAGCUGAAAACAAGGGAUCGCUCACCAUUGACUAAAUCCAGCAAUGUCACAGAUUCUAACACUAGUCUAAAGACCAAAAAAUCACAACUAGCUAUGAAUCCUUCUUUGAGCACAGCAAGACUGAGACGUAUCAACACUGACACCAAUUCGAAGAAGCAAAAGGGAUACAUGUCGUUGAGCAGCACUCCAUCAAGAACAUGCACGCACCGAAGAUGUAGCCAUGUCUCAGAUUCAGAAACUGGUUUUAAGAUAGCAAGAGGUAGGUUAUCACCCUUGGCAUUGAGUCCAUUAAGCCCAUAUGUGAGGAGAUCAACAAGAACAUGCGGCCAUGUCUCCGACUCUGAGAGCACAGAAAGAGGAAGCUUGUCACCAUUGAGCCCGUAUGUUAGGAGAACAUGUGGUCAUGUCUCUGAUUAAAGCCUUUGAAUUUCAGCACCUAAUUAAGAACCUUACUCUUUCUUAGCACAGUUCCUAGUCUUUUAGACCAGUUUGCAUCAUACAGAUUUUCCAACAGAUUUAAAUUUUUAUUUGACAAGGGCAAGUCUUUUGUUAAGGUGAAUGGAAAGGGAAACAGAAUGUGUAGCUUUUAUGGGGAGGUUAUAUAUAGAAGCGUAGUUUCAAGCCUGGUUGUAUUAUUAUCAAUCUUUCUGAGAUUUCCUGUGUUUUAGGAUUGUGGUUACUGAAUUUUGGGUGGAUUUCAUUCAUGUCAUAAUUGGAGGUUGGUCCCACUACUUUCAUUCAUUCAUUCAUUCAUUCAUUUAUUUUGUAACU